CUGAGAAUUACCGGCGAAACUGCCAAAAUAAUAUUUUCAACGAUUUGAGAUAUUUAGCCUAAUAUUAUUGGAUCUAUACAUCAAAAUCGUUUAUUGGAGACGUGGAAACAUACAUUACUAGUUUAUCCAGUUUUCAAGUAAUGGACACUCCCAAUAGUUCUGUUUCAUCUCAGGCAACAAGUGAAGCAUCUCAGCUGUUGAAAUUUUCUGUGAUUUUGAAAGAUUUGCUGAAUAUUCCAGAUGAUGUAGGGAUAUCCCCUGGAUCUACUGAAACAAAGGAAAUUAGAGAUUCAUCUGAUUCAGUACAAAGUAUAGGACAAUACAUGGCAGCACCCGUGAAUAACUCAAGCUCUGAUUCAGACAUGAACAAUUCAGUGACCAAUGCUAGUGGGCAAGCCAUAAUGAAUCUGUUAAGGAACAGCAUGAAUGGAACUGGCAGCCAGCAGCAAAUUAUUCUCCAAGGAGAUGACAGCUGUAAUAGCUUCAGUGUUUACAGUAGUGAUGUCACAAUAGUUGCAAGCACUGCCAGUAGUGGCCUCCAUACGCCUGGCAGCAAUAAGGUGAAAACUAGUCCAGUUGUUAAUUAUGAUUGGGAGUCGAAGUAUUAUGUUGGGAAUCUCGUAGCUAUACACAGAGAUGGCAUAUAUGCAGCAUACAGUUUGUCAGGGAAGUCUGGAGGUGUCGUUCGCAUCGUGAACCGAAAGACUGCUGAGAGGACCCUCCUGAAGGGAUUUAUGGGAAAGGUCAUUGAUAUAUCAUUCGCCAAUUUGAGCUCUGUUGUAUUUGCUGGAGUUGAUGAAAUCGGGAAUAUGUUCAUUUAUGAGCUGAACGAGACAAUGGAGAAUAAAAUAACCACCACCCUGUUACUGCAAGUAAAUCGACCUGAGGGUGUGUCCCCCUCUGACUACCAUAGGGUAAUCUGGUGCCCUUAUAUACCUGAUGAGGAGGAAUAUCCAGGAGAGUUGGACGAUAACAGCAAGCUACUCGUCCUUACUCAUGAAAAUGUGGCUGAAAUGUGGAGCAUUGAUAUUGUGACACGCAAGUUUGGAUGUGGACCCCUUUAUCCUGAUGAUAUUGAUGUUGGAUACCUCGUCAUCGACAGCCAUACAAAGGCGAUAAUGGAUGCAUCCUUCUCACCAGAUGGCACUGCCCUAGCAACAGCAAGUCUCGAUGGAGAAGUGAAAUUUUUCCAAGUCUACAUGCAUGAAUCAACAUCUCCACGCUGUCUUCACCAGUGGAAACCACAUGAAGGGAAACCUCUCUCUUGUUUAUUCUUUCUUGAUGACCACAAACAUCCUAACCCAGAUGUCCAAUUCUGGAAGUAUGCAGUGACUGGCGCUGACAACAACAAUCAGAUCAAAGUCUGGAGCUGCGAGUCCUGGACGUGUCUUCAGACCAUCAACUUUACUGCACCAAACAAUUUGUCAUCUGGUUACAUAGAGCCCAUUAUCAAAGCCAACAUAGAUCUCAGUGCCAGCUAUAUGGUGCUUUCUGAUAUUAAACGCAGCGUUCUGUACAUUCUACACCUCCAUCAAGACGCUACUGCUGGUAAAGCUCACGUCAGUUCAGUGUCAGAGUUUAUCCUGGCCAAUCCCUGUCUCAGUUACGCUAUUCUCGAUGCAAGCAGAAGGAAAUUUAAACGAUCUGCUGAGCAUCAUGAGAUGGAUGAUGUAACAACAGGUGAGAUCAUGAAUGAUGAAGAUGAAGAGGAAAUCUGUGACAGAAUGGAAGAGGGUUCAAAUAUUGGUGUCUUAGUCAAAAUGUACUCACUCCAUUCAAAGGCGCUGCAGGAACUACAGAUACGAUUUAAGCCAGAAUCUUCUGUGACUUUCCCCAAUACAGCUUGCUCUGUAAGCUCAGUCUCCCAGGAUGAAAUAGGUCUGAAAGAUGGCCUGUCUGAUAUGAGUAUGAUAUCAAGCUCAGAAAAUGAAGGUUUCCAGACAGAUAAGUCGACCAAAGAUGUGCCUCACCCUGUACUCCUUACCCCUGAUGCCUUUACAUCUAGCCCUGUGUCUAGGAUAGCGACAGAUACUAGUGCAUCUGAUGGUAGUAUUCUCCAAAGCAGUACAAGUAGCAGCUUUACACAUGUAACAGCCAUGUUGGAAGACCAGGUGACCACCCCUCAACUUACAGGCUCACCCAGUAGCUCAAUCACACUUACUCCCUCCUCAACAGCCAGCCCUGGCCAUGUUAAGACUCCAUCAAGUGUUCCUCUUCCACCAGUUACACCUGGGGAGGAGAGGAAAUUAAUGGAACAGCACCAUAGGUUAGGACAAGGGGAGCCCCCUGUGGCGACCUCUGAAACUAUAGAUGCCAUGUUUGGUUCUGCACUUGGACGCAGGCAAGUGUUUCAGAGCACAGGAAGCUCAAGUUCAGCAUCACUAGAGGUCAGUGAAAUAUUCUCACAAUCCCAAACUCGGAAAUCAGAACAAGAACAUUUCUCAACAAUUGCUGGUAAUAUUGGAGAGGAAGAUGCCGAAAAUUUCCAAGAUGCCGAUGAAGUAGAAAUUGUCGAGGAAAUCGAACAAGAUCUUAAUGUUGAUGAAAUUGAGAAUGAAUCAUCAGCACAGACCCCUGAGCAGCCUAACGAGAGAGGUGAUGGACCAUCGCGGGAUCAAUAUGACUACACUAUCUGGCCAAAUGCACCACUCAUCAAUCGAAGUGCAGAGAGGGCAGAAGCCAUAAGUAGCAGCAAAGAAGACAGUACUGAGAAUCAAACUGGAGAUGAUUCAAGUUCAAACUUAGAUGACCUUGAUGUUACCGACCAGCUUGUGACCUUGAACUCUGACCUUGGACAAACAGACGACAUUGUAUUGGCCAAUCAGAGUGUAGAUAUAAGAGAUGAUAGUGAGCCGGUCAUUGAUGGCCAGACAUUCGCAGAGCAACUGGAAGGAGAUGUUGAGUUGGAGAAAGAAGAUGUGGUGAUCAAUGGUUCCCCACGUGAGCCAUCUCCCCUGCCCAGGAGCGAAUCAACUGACCCGUUCAACAAUGAAGAAAGUAUGUUACUGUCAUCCAGUAUGAGUAGUCCAGACAAGCCCAGUAAACCCCAGUCUGUUCAAGACACUAGUCGAGACCCGCUGCCAGUUAUAUACAAUGUCCCUAUGAAAGAGGUCAACGAUACAAUGCAGCAGAUGUCAGCACUGUUACGAGAACAUCAGAAUGAAGUCCAGCAGUUGCGCUAUGAGGUCCAAGAACAAAGAACUCAGCUGAACAGACUUGAACACACUGUUGGACGCAGAGUUGAGGGGGCUCUUACUCAACACUCACAGAGUGAGCAGGAGAAACUUCAUGGUCUCCUGGGGGAGAAACAUCAAAAAGAACAGAUUCAGCAGGAGCAGCUACUGGCUAAUAUGACGCAAUCUCUACAGUCGACACUAUCCAAUAAAAUAGACAGAAUCGUCAAACAGGAAAUAAAAAACAAUGUGAUACCAACCCUUGCAAAGGCAUUAGAUCCAUUAAAAGAUUCUUUACACCAGGAAAUGGCCCAGAAACUUACAGCCACUGACUCACUUAUGAAAGAAAAUAUAUCCAAACUAGUAAGAUCAAAACAAACAACCGAUGCAAUUGGACAAUCAGCAGGUCAGGCCAUCCAGGGUAUUAUCCAGGCCUCAUAUAAAGAUGCUUUCCAAGCCAUAGUGGUGCCAGUAUUUGAGAGAUCCUGCCAUAACCUGUUUAGACAAAUGAAUGACACUUUUCAACAAGGAACCAGAGAAUACACACAAAUGUUUGAGGGUCAACUGGACAAGUUACGGAAACGACAAGAAUCCUUACAGGACCCCAUAGUUUCUCAACUACAGGGUAUCACUAAUAUGUUUAAACAGACUGCAGACUCACAGGCUCAAGUAAUGUCCACACUGAAACAGGAAGUGAAAGGUAUUCAAAGUUCCCUCACAAAGGAAAUUCGCUCAGUUGUAAAGACAGAAAUGGCCAGUGCCAUGAAAGAACAACAAAGCACAAUCAGCGACAGUGUCAUGAAUGCAGUACGCACCACAGCUGCUACCCCGGUUCCCAUAGCAACGCAAGACCCCCACCAACAACAAACGCACAUCGUGAACCUGUUAGCACAAGGACAGUUAAAUACUGCCUUUCAACAGGCAUUAUCCGCAUCUGAUCUUAACCUGGUGAUAUUUGUAUGUGAGACAGUGAACCCAACGCAAGUGUUCCACCAAACCCCCUGUCCCCUGGAGCAACCUGUUCUGCUAUCUCUUAUACAACAAUUGUCUGCUGACCUAGAGACAAACACUGAACUCAAACACCAGUACCUUGAAGAAGCAGUGAUGAAUCUAGAUAGCACUAACCCAGUGACAAGAGAACAUAUGCCUAUAGUGUUACACACAUUAUGUCAAAAAAUACACGCCUGUUUACAGACUAGGUCAGUGGACAGAAUGACUCGGCCAUUAAAAAUGCUACUCAUGGCAUCUCAGUCGUUACUCAAGUAGUUAUUACUCAAGUUGUGUAGUAACAGUAUGUGGGGAAAAUGGUAUUCUUACUUGUGUAAUAAUAGUGGAUGUUACUAUGGAAACUAGCAAUUGUCUUUAUUUUCAAGCUCAACUCAUCCGUUUCUUUGGUGCUAUAUUAUCAUGGAUUUUCACAUUCGAAAUUGGAUAUCCAGAUAAUUUCAUUGAAAUAUAUGUUGAGAAAGGUGAAUUAAAAUGAAAAAGAAUGAAAUCGGCAAGGAAUAAAGUAAACAGACAUGCAGAUAACGAAGUGGAUUGUAUUGAAAUGCAAGAAAAGCAGGUCAUUCUUUCAAAGAGAGAGAGAUGGCAUGGAGUGGAGAAGUGCAAAAAUAGCAUUAAUUAGUAAAAGAAAUCCAGCAGUUUUCCGACUACUUAUAGUUCAGCUAUACAUCUAUACAUCAACUGAUAUGUUUUGUCGCUACUUAAAUAUGAAAAAUCGAAGCAGAUAAACACAUAGAUAGAGGAAUGCAAAGUUGGCCAGGGAUCAAAAGCUAUGACAUUCUUGACUGGAAAAAUACAUUUUCUAUUUUCAAUUAGACUGAAAAAUGUAUUCCUAGCUUUUAUAAGAAUUUAUCUUAAAUUGGAACGAACCUCUUAAGAAAUAUACCUCAGAAGAGCUAAAAUAAUGAAGUACCUUUAAUGAAGCUAAGAUGCAUUAUUAUUAUUAAUGCGAUUUAUACAGUGCCAACGAAUAAUAUGAGACAUGUAGGAAUAUAGAGCUUAUGUUUGUUUCAGGUUUAUUUGAAAUUAUUCCCAAUUUAGAGUAAUAAACAAACAAAUUCCCAUUGUUUACACGUUAUGUCCCAAAAUGCAUUCACCUCAGGUGUUCAAAAGAUAUAUUCAUUUAUUGCAGGUUUUAUACUUAAAUUAAUUUUUCCUGUUGGUUUAAAAAUAUACAGGGUGUCCAUGAUGUCUAUUAACACUUUAUGUACACUUUGUAUUGCAUUUGUUAAGAGAGUUAAUGGACAAAGUAUUUCUUGAUAUAUGAUGAAAUAAUGAAUGAUGUCAACAUAACAAAAUCAUGGUUCUGUCAUUUUCCCACUUUGUCAAUGUAAUUGUACCAGGAUAGGUUAUUUGUUAC